UCACACACAUAUGCUCACAUAUGCUCUCGCGGCAUAUAUUUUCUCACAACGCCAGCUCAAAGUGCAACCACACUGUACGUUAAAUAAUUAUAUACCAUCAUGGUAGGCUACUGUCCAAUCUGUGGGAAGCCCGUCUACUUUGGUGAGAAGAAGAGGUCCUUAGGGAGGGACUACCACCCUCUUUGUCUCAAGUGCCAAAAGUGCAACAGACAACUCACAGCUGGACAACAUGCUGAGUAUGAUGAGAAGCCAUACUGCUCACACUGCUACCUGAAGAUGUUUGGGCCAAGAGGUAACAGGUGACUGGUGUCGCCAUGGCACAGUGCAGCUCCUUCACAGAAGACACCAGACUGAGCCAACAUGGACCAGCGCUGACAUACAAAAGACACACAGGGCCUGUUUACUAGCCGAAAAAUUAGUAAAUUUAUAAAUAAAUAUAGAUGAUACAGAGAUAUUUAACAGUCCAUCCACGUCAUUUACACUUCCACAAAAUGAAUUAUUUGUAAAUGUGUGAUGACCACUUGAUGCCACGUGUGUGAUUGUUCACUUUUAUAAUGUAAUUGAAUUUUGUAUAUUGUAAGUCAGUAUUAAUAAAUGCAUUUUUUUAAA